AUGCUCGUCGGUGCAUUCUUUGCCGUACUCGCCCUGCUCGUAUCCCUCACUGAGGCGUACGAGGAUUCGCCCAAGCCCGCAACGUCCUCCUCACCGGCCCUGGCGAUGCCUGCGAGCUCCUCAAACGUGGCUGGAGGGCAAAGCGAUGCUCCUUCUGCGUACCCUGAUAUGGCUGUCUGCAAAGUUCAGACCGUCCCCUAUUGGGUCGAUUGCUUCGAAGACAACAGCAGCGGUAACAAGGAGCAUCUCCCGCUCCCGCCCCCGGACAUGGUCGGGGGACCCAUUUUCGAAGCCCAUCGUUCCAUCGUUAUCUGCUCGACGCAUUAG